CAUGGCUCACACUCCAACUAGCAGCAGCUCCGAUCAUCUUCUUGCACCAUGGCUUCCGUCACGGCAACUGUCCCCCGCAUCAAGCUGGGCUCCCAGGGGCUGAAGGUCUCGGCGCAGGGCCUCGGCUGCAUGGGCAUGUCGGCCUUCUACGGCCCGCCCAAGCCCGAGCCCGACAUGAUCAAGCUCAUCCACCACGCCGUCGCCGCCGGGGUCACCUUCCUCGACACCUCCGACAUGUACGGCCCGCACACCAACGAGAUCCUCCUCGGCAAGGCGCUGCAGGGCGGGGUGCGGGAGAAGGUGGACCUGGCCACCAAGUUCGGCGUCAAUUUCGCCGGCGGCAACGUCGAGAUCCGCGGGGACCCGGCGUACGUGCGCUCGGCGUGCGAGGGCAGCCUCAAGCGCCUCGGCGUGGACUGCGUCGACCUCUACUACCAGCACCGUAUCGACAAGAAGGUGCCCAUCGAGGUCACGAUGGGUGAACUCAAGAAGCUAGUUGAAGAAGGAAAGAUAAAGUACAUUGGAUUAUCUGAAGCAUCUGCGUCAACAAUCAGAAGAGCUCAUGCAGUCCAUCCUAUUACUGCAGUUCAACUGGAAUGGUCAUUAUGGUGUAGAGAUGUAGAAGAAGAUGUAAUUCCCACUUGCAGAGAACUUGGAAUUGGAAUUGUGGCCUACAGUCCACUAGGCAGGGGGUUCUUGUCCGGUGGGGCAAAACUGGUUGAAUCACUGUCCGAGCAGGAUUUCCGCAAGUAUCUGCCUCGGUUUCAACCAGAGAACCUUGAUAAGAAUGCUCAGAUAUUCGAACGUGUCAAUGCAAUGGCGGCAAGAAAAGGUUGCACACCAUCACAACUAGCAUUGGCUUGGGUUCAUCAUCAAGGAAACGAUGUUUGCCCCAUUCCAGGCACAACAAAAAUCGAGAAUUUCAACCAAAAUGUGGGGGCACUUUCUCUCAAGCUGACACCAGAUGAGAUGGCCGAACUCGAGUCCUAUGCUGCCGCAGGUGAAGUCCUGGGUGACCGGUAUCCUCAGAUGGCCAACACCUGGAGGGAUUCCGAGACACCGCCAUUGUCGUCUUGGAAAUCUGAGUAGCCCAAUACGGUAUCUUCAACUGCGUGCCUAGCCUGUAUCUACAAGUUGUUGAACUGCAGAAGAUGCUCAGGUCUUGUUUGCAAGAGGGUCCACAGCAUGUACUUGUCUUGAUGCCAAUGAUGAUGUGUGGUAGUGUGUAUUGCAUACCCCGUUUUGUAUAUUUUUGCAUUAGAACCAUCUGCGCGAUGAAUAAGCUUUUGCACUCUAUUAGGAGUAUUUUAUCGAAUUAUCAUAUUGUACCAGUAGUACUUGAAUUUUGUAAUACAUGGAAGUGUGACAUUAAUACUUUGACUGAAACU